UUGCGUCGGAACACGCAGGUGACAGAAACAGGGGACAGGAACUGACCGUCGACCCCUAAGCGCAGGGGGAGGGAGGGCGAGAGAUUGGGUCUCGAGUCUCGGGCACGACCAACCUACAACACGUGCACCAAACUCCCGUUCCCACCUGUUUCCCCGCACACACCUCGGGGAGCGUGUGCGCUCGGCGUCUUCAACCUCCUCCUGUUACAAGUAGUUCCUGCGGAAAAUUGUAAUUGUUGUCCCCGGCAUCAUCACAUCGGCAAGCUGACGUUGGAGGGAGCGGGAAACUCUGCCGAAAAAUGGAUCUGGCGCAUACUUCCCGCUAUUGGAAAUCGUACAGAGAGAGCAAGACAUUCACCCUCACGAUCUACAUAUACGAGGCGCAUCUGGGGGUGAACAGCAGCAUCAGCAACAAUUCAUCAACCGGCGGCCCAUCCGGCUCGGGCAGUGGCUCUACCGGCGGGGGCGGUCCUUGGGACACCAAGAUUGUGGUGAGCCUUCCGAAGGACCCAAUGGGGGAGAGACACGAGACCGGCAGGGCGGGGAAGACUUCGAACCCGGUGUGGGACCAGGCUGUGGUGUUGAGGGACAUCGAAUACUCGGAACUAGUGCGGGUGGAGAUGCGCCGGCCGCGCAAGAUCGGGGAGAAUCCGGUGUUGGCGAGCGUUGAGUUUGAGGUUCACGACGUGAUCGGCCUGAGCCUCCGGGAGGGUGCGUCGGUGUUCCAGCUCGAGUGCGACCGAUCACGCGCGCGCUACGGGAUAAUCCUGCUAGCGUUCCGCUUCGACCCGCCGGUUGCAGCCGACGUGCUGGGAGCGUUGGACGGGGUGGGAUUGGCGAGCUUGCCGAGGGGAGUAACAACGCCGGCUGACCAAGGCCAUGACGAGGGCGAAAAAGCGCCGGCAUGGGGGGCGCCUGAGGCGGGCCAGCAGGCGGAGAGGGAGGUGGAGGUCGCAGAACCGGUCUACAUCAACGUCGAGGGGCAUUUCGCUUGCCUCCUUCUGGACGACGACACUCCCCUCAAUCGAUGCAAGUCGCCUGGCACGAAGGACCACCCGGACGCGGCCAUCGAAUUCGACCUAGCGCACGGGUGCGCAGGGCAGCCACUGCUGCGGUCAAGAGCGGGGACGCUGUCGAGCCUGAUCCACCCGAGGCUGAGCACCGUUUCCCAGAACAGCGUCAAGAGCGAGAACAGCGUGUACGACUACCAGGGCUUGAUACACGGCAGAGGGAGCGCUGUUCGGAUGGCCAUGAACAACAACAGUAACGCCUCUGGGGUGGGGGGUAAACCUUCCCGGCCGCGCCCGGUUUCGCUCGGCGGGAGCUUGGGCUUGCCGCUUAGCGCGCUAGGUUUAGGGGUAGGGGGAGGCGGGGGAGGCGGCGGCGGCGGCGGGAGCAGAGCCGGCGGAAAGUCGGGGCGGCCCCAAUCGAUCGAUUUGCGCAUAGCGUCUUCCGCGGGCAACGACGCCAUGGGGUUGGAGUCGGCGCACCUGGAGACCCCGCAGCAGCGGUGGGUCAUGCCCCGACGACGGCACCGACACAGCCACGACGCCUCCGGCGGGGGAAACCCGGACGUCGGCAGCUCGGCGGUCGUCGCCGCCGACGGGGUUGGAAUGAGAGGCUCCAAGGCCGGCGGGAAACGCGCGCGGUCACGGGCAAUCUUAAAAACCCCGGGUUUCCUAAAGAGCCCCACGCUGGGUGGGCUGCGGGCGGGGGUCGGCAAGGCCGCGAGGGCAACGAAGUCGACGUCGUUCGCAGUGCCGGUGUCGAACGCUGGUGGGGCCGGAGCGGGGACUAGGACCCCCGCGGACUCGGUGGAUUCGUCGUGCGCGAGCACGGUGCGGGCGGCGGAGGAGGCCUCGGCGGCGGACACCCCGCUCUUUGUGCCGCCAGCCUUGGCGUCUUCGGCUGUGCUGUGCGGGCUACCGGCGAGCCUUGUGCUGUCUCCGACGGCGCUCGUGGUUGCGUCAGGAUUGCCCUCCGAGGAGUAG